AUGUCCAUCGGUGCCAGUGCGAUGCGUCUUAUUAUGCGUCAAAUUCAAGACAUUGAGGCGAACCCCACGGAUGGUGUGCAAAUUCACAGGUCCGACAACCUGAGCGAGUUGCUCUUUGACCUCACAGGGCCAGAAGGGACCCCGUUUAGCGGUGGCAUCUUUCACGUUGUGCUGUACUUCGAGGAGGGAUACCCGGAGAUACCGCCGCGUGGGGUCUUCCGAACGAAAAUUUUUCACCCCAAUGUGGCAGAAAAGGGAGACAUUUGCGUCAAUGUCCUUAAGCAAGACUGGAAGCCGAGUCUUGGGUUGCGUCAUGUGCUUACGGUUAUUCGCUGCCUCUUGAUUGAGCCAAAUGCGGAGAGUGCGCUGAACGAGGAGGCAGCCCGGCUUCUUCUUGAGGAUUAUGAUGCCUACAGACGGAAGGCGGAAAUGAUGACUAAAAUACACGCCAUGAAGGGCACCAGAGCACCACACGAUGUACCGCCGCCAUUUCUCUCAGACGACGGUCGAGAAAAUGGCCAGCUGCUUAGUAGAGGGACCGCAAAUGUCGGAAGUGCCAGUUUGCCUGCGUCAGAAGGCUUUGUGAGCUCCCAACUCCGUAACGCAUCGGAAUCGGCGUUAAACAAACGGAGCGCUGUGGGCGGAACUUCCACGAAUGUUGUUGCUUCCAAAAAGGCGGUGGAAAAGAAGCGUGCCGCUCUGAAGCGUAUUUGA